AUGGCUAGGUUAGGGUCUAUCCUCGAAAUUCCUGAUAGAAGACACCGAUGCGAUGGACAAAACGGCGGUCAUCGUCGUCGAUCUUCCUCGCCUGGCUACGCGGACGUUGGACGGAGCCCUAGGGCUGAUGGAGACCAGAACGGUGUACCCAAGAGAUUUGGGCGUGCCGGAGGGCGGGCGUAUCUGGACAGGAAUGGAAGAGCAUCUGAAGAGUCGGAUUCGGAUGAGGAGCUGAAGGGGUUGAAGUAUGAGGAAUAUCGGAGGUUGAAGAGGCAGAAGCUCCGGAAGGCAUUGAAGCAUUGUAUUUGGAGAGUGACCCCUAGUCCACCUAGGAAUGAGAAGGACGAGUAUGAGGACAGGGCUGAUGAGAUUUCGGACAAAUAUGGCGACGAUGGAGAUUUAAGUGACUGUAGCGAAAGAAAGAAACAUGAAGAGAAAUAUGUAUCUGAUAAAACAAAGAAUUCUGACUCUGCCUCUGAUUCCGAAUUACCUGAUGCAAAAUCAAGAAGGAGGAGGAGGUUGAAGAUUUCGGGUUCCAGGCAUACAAGUAGAAAAUCGUCACUUAGUGAAACAGAGUCGGACAGCGACACCGAGAGUGAGGAGGAAAGUGAAUCAGAGGAAGAAAUCCGGAGGAGAAGAAAAAAGUCUAAGAGUAUUAGGAGUCAUAAGAAGAAGAAGAAGAAGAGUAGAUACAGCGAUAGGGAGGACAGUGAAGGAAGUGAGACAGAUGAUUCUGAUGAUAGCGACCGUAAUGUUCACUCUACCACCAUGUUUUCAACAUUUACUUGA